AAAUAGAAGUAAACGGCCGCCAACAAACGUCACAAUGUCCAAGCAAUUCGGGGUGAAUAUUGCCCAUUGUAACCAUGGAAACGUCUAACAUUUUUAAUGAGCUAAUUGUCCACGGAUCACAAAAGCAGACACAACAAUUCUGGUUAGAAGCUGCAGCAAAUUGUUCACAGUCCGUUGUGUUGUUGGUGAAAUCAGUGUGCAUAUUAAGCUGAGAACAGGCAUCCGUUCAAAGAAUGAUGAAAGAAAGCCGCAAUGACAACGACAAGAAUGAUACAAAUCGCAGCCCGCUGGAAGAUAUUGUCUACUCUGAGGUAGAACCUGGUAUAAUAACUAGAGAGAUGAUAGAGGCAGCCUAUUUGGAGGAAGGCUAUAAAGGCGAAGAAUCAAGACUGCAUCGCAUCGAACCAGUUGUAUACGACCGUAUAGCUUCAUUACGACUGGAUUUCAAAAAUAUAUUGCGCAUUGACCACUUAUGGAUGCUGCCAAACCUCACAAAGUUGUCACUGAAUUGUAAUAAAAUCGAAACAAUCGAACAUCUUGACAUGCUCGUGAAUCUAAAAGAACUCGAUUUAAGUUUCAACUAUAUAGAGCGCAUUGAGAAUCUGGAGAAGCUGGUCAAUUUGGAAGUAUUGUCGCUGUUCAGUAACCUCAUAGUAAAAAUAGAAAAUCUUGAUAAUCUGGAAAAACUGGUUAUACUAAGCAUUGGCAAUAAUCUUAUCAGCUCCCCGGAAGGUAUCGAACGUUUUCGGUUCCUACCUAAUUUGAAAGUCCUUAAUCUAGAAGGCAAUCCUUUAGCGCAAGAAUCGGAAUUCUCUCUAAGUGAUUAUAUAGCUGCUAUUCUGCCCAAACUAAAGUAUUACGAAUAUGUGGCUAUUGGAGACGAACAAAGAGAAAGUGCAAGAAGACGCUUCUACCGAGAACUUCGUGAAAUAGAGACCAAUGAAGAAAUGGAGUUACAGGCACGCUCACAAAAGCUAAGAGAAGAGGAGAACGCGAAGAGGUUAUCGGUAAGUUUCGUCGAACACUUAAACGAACACCAACUGUACGAAUCCUUGUGGAAUGGUGACGAGGACGGACGAAUUUUAAUGAUGAUUGGAGAAGCUGCUAACGAUUUGGCCGAAGAGUAUGGCAAUGAUAUAUUCGAAUUAACCCAAGAGAUCUACAAGCUAGGCUUAGAAAAGUACGAUGAGCGUCAACGAGAAAUUGACAAAUUUCAUCAAAGUAUCGAACAAGGUCAUCUCGAAAUUCAACAAAUGGGUCACAAAAUCCUUGAAGAUUUCUCGAAAUACAAAGACACUUUAUUCGAAGAAGCUAUUUCUUGCCACAGGAUUAUCGAAGCACGACUGAUGCGUGGCGAUGAUGCCGAAAAUGAAGAAGUCAUCAAACAAAGGGACACAUUGGAUCGUAUAACCACGCAGUUCGACGAUACGGUCAACAAUGUUUGGCAACAACUGAUGAGUCAAGAAUUGCAGCUACACGAGGCAACCGAAGAAACAACAAUAAAUUUUCAACGAAAAAUGCAAGAAAUGAUAGCAAAGUUUGUGGAACAAGCUCAAACUCAUUUCGGCCAACUGCGUGAUGUUGCGGUACAUUUCUCGGAGAAUCUGAACGAAAUUGUUUCCCGUUUCAUAGCUACAAAAUUGGCAAUGCAGGACAUAAAGAGCAUUCCAGAUCCACUUAGAAUAUGUAUCGAAGAUCGAGAGGCUAUUGGUAAUCUGAUAGCUGGUAUGAAAGAUACACAUACUCAAAAAAUUGAUGAACGAGAAGAUCGGCUAAUACAAAGGAGCAAGGAGUUUGUUGAAAAUAUGAUUUGCGAAUUAAACAAGGAUGAACUGGAGAGAAACCGUGCAAAAAUUUUGGAAAUCAAUACCUUUUUAGACCUUGUAACCGAAAACUUACAAAAUCUUCAACAGGAAGUUCAAGACGAAUUGCAAAACAACGAAAAUUAAGAAUCAUAUAUUUUUU